AUGGCCAAGGAACAACCACCAAAAUUAAGUGCAAAGGCUAAAGAAGCUGAAGCAAGCUCUAGCUCUAGCUCUAGCUCCAGCUCUAGCUCAAGCUCUAGUUCUAGUUCUAGCUCUAGCUCUAGUUCUAGCUCUAGUUCAUCCAGUUCUUCUAGCUCAAGCUCUGACUCUGAAUCCAGCUCCACCUCUAGCUCUAGUUCCUCUGAUUCAUCCAGUUCAAGUUCUUCUGAAUCCAGCUCCAGCUCUGACUCUGGCUCUGACUCGGAAUCUAGUUCUAGUUCCAGUUCAAGCUCAAGCUCAAGCUCAAGCUCAAGUUCCUCUGAUUCCGACUCCGACUCCGACUCAAGCUCUAGCUCUAGCUCCUCCAGUUCUUCUAGCUCAAGCUCUGACUCUGAUUCUGACUCAAGCUCUAGCUCUAGCUCUAGCUCUAGCGACUCCAGUUCUUCUAGCUCAAGCUCUGACUCUGAUUCUGACUCAAGCUCUAGCUCUAGCUCCAGCGACUCCAGUUCAUCAAGCUCUAGUUCUGACUCCGACUCCGACUCGGAAUCCGACUCUAGUUCCAGUUCCAGUUCCAGUUCUAGCGAUUCCAGCUCAAGCGACUCUAGCUCAAGCGACUCCAGCUCAAGCGAUUCUGAUUCUAGCUCUUCCGACUCUGAUUCUAGCUCUUCCGACUCUGACUCUAGUGACUCAGGUUCUGAGUCUGACACAGAAGACUCUGAAAGUGAAUCUGAAUCUAACAACAACGAGUCCACCACUGAUGAGACUACUUUGAAGAGAGCAAGAGAAGAUGCCAAAGAAGGCGACAGCUCCUCUGGUUCCGACAGCUCAGAAUCCUCGAAGAGAGCAAAAUUGGCCAUCCCAGCUGGUAAAGACGAGAUUAAGGAGGGUCAAAGAAGACAUUUCUCCAGAAUUGAAAGAGAAAAGAUCUCUUUCGAGGCCUGGGAAUUGACUGACAACACGUACCAAGGUGCCGCCGGUACCUGGGGUGAAAAGGCCAACGAAAAACUGGGCAGAGUAAGAGGCAAAGAUUUUACCAAGAACAAGAAUAAAAUGAAACGUGGUUCUUACAGAGGUGGUACCAUCACAAUGGCUACUGGCUCUUACAAGUUCACUGAUUGA